AUGCAAUACUCUCCUCAGUACCCGAUGUUUCUUGCAUCCCCUCAAUCCGUGCAUCAACCACCGGCUCAGCCCCUAGUCCGUCGAUUCUGCAUUCUCCGACCAGAAGGCCUGUGGUCACCACUCAUCCCACUUGACGAGCUCCCGUCCUGGCUGCAAGUUUGCAACUGGACUCCAGACAUGCACGUGGGUCUGUACCCAGUGUCCAUGAACUUCAUUCCCCGGGAAGGAGAAUACGACGUGGUCUGCCACAACUGUUUCAACAGUGUUGAUUCACUACACCAAAGCGUUUCGGAACGUGGACCAUCUUCCUCCUCCAGUCGUGCGAGUCGUGCCAAAACCUGCCCUGUGCAAUGCUAUUCACCCCCGAAAAUGCAACCCGAGACCCGCACCAUGGCUACUGAGUUUGGAGUGACCUACGGCAUAUUAGGACAGCCUCCAUUCCACUCCAUGCUCCAGUCUCCUCUUGUUGGGAUGUGUUUGGUCGACGUGCCUUCUCGGGAUGGGGAACUUGCGGUGGUUUCGGAUGCACUCUCGCAAAAGAUACGCGUUGAGAACUCCGUACCAUCUCAGAGUUCUGACCAAAGCAGCGCAAGUGCGCAGACAUCUCCGACUCAUCCUCCAGGUCCGGUCAAUCUGUGUGACUCGCCUCUUUCCUUUGCUUCCUCCAGAAACCUCCCUCAAAGGAUUUCCAAGCCUGUUGUCCCGAAGCGUCACUCGCGACCACCGCAUGCACAUGAUGAUAAAUGGGUUGGUACUCCUCGGCGUGUUCUUUCACUGCGCGAUGAUAGCUCCGCGUCUUCGCAUUCUGCUGCGGCCAUGGCUGCGGCUCUGGCCAAGCAUAUGCAAAGAAGGCGAUCUAGAAGGAUCUCCCGCACUAGCAGUCUUCAGAAUGCUAUCGCAGGUGCAGAUAUUGUCGCACCCUGGACUCUCAUUUCCAAAGCCCCUUCAAUCCGAGUGAGAUCCAAAGGUCGUCGCAGGGUUCGAAUGCGUCGUCAACCAACGGAAGAACAAAGAGCCUCCAUCUCUCCAUCGAUCUCUCCCAAGUCAGACAACAUAGUGGAGGUCCAGAAGCCAAAGCCAGAGCAACCAAAUGCCGCAACCAAGCGACGGGAUCGCCGUGAACGGUUGAGACGCAGGAGAAACCGUACAGAUCGAGGCAGCCGAUACUGGCACAUGAUGAAGAUCCCAAAUUGGCGGGCCGGUGUCAUCAAGCAUUGA